AUGCGAGGCCCCGCUGCAGUGAAAAGUGGCCGAAAGAGCCGAGACUUGGAACGUCCAGUAGGGUCCUCCAGGAGGGUAGCUGGAGGGACAACCAAACAAGUUGGGUCAACAAAAGUGAGAAUUGGCACUUGGAAUGCCGGAUCCCUGAAAGGGAGAAUGACUGAACUUGCUACGAAGGCUAAAGAAUACCAACUAAACAUACUCUGCGUCCAAGAAACUAAAUUUGUAUGCAAAGACGCAAGAGUGAUCCCAUUGAAUAGAGCAGGAGCACGAGAAGAUUCAUACAAGCUCUGGCUCAAUGGGGAAUCAACCUCCCGGAAUGGUGUGGGUAUAUACGUCGACCAGGCCCUCAAAAAAGGAGUGUUCGAUGUACAGAGAGCCGGUGACCGUUUAAUUAUGGUCAAAAUCCUACUAGGCGGAACAAUUUUGAAUGUUAUUACUGCUUAUGCCCCCCAAGAGAGAUCCCCAAAGGAUGAGCAAACAUCCUUUUGGGAAGCCCUCGAAGGCCUCGUGAGGAGCGUACCACUGAAUGAGAAAUUGUUUAUAGGAGGCGAUCUGAAUGGACAUGUGGGUUCAGAUUGUGCACCCAGGGAGGAAAGGGUGCACAGAAGGCUUGGUUACGGCACUAGAAACCACCCAGGCGAAAUCAUCAUGGAUUUUGCUGUAUCGGCGGAUCUUGCAGUUACAAAUGCGUUUUUCACAUAG